GAGGCGCGGGCGGCCCCGAGCGAGUGUCGCCGGGCGCGGUCCAGGCCGCGGGAGCUCGGCGGCUGCAGGGAGGCGCCCGCGCAGCGCCCGGUGUCUCUUGGCCACUCAUGGGUGUGAGCAAGUUAGAUGUCCUGUACCGGAAACUUCUCCUCACGAAGCUCUUCAUCAGAGGAUGGGGGCGGCCCGAGGACCUCAAGAGGCUCUUUGAAUUCAGGAAGAAGAUUGGAAAUCGGGAAAGCGGCAAAAAUCUGGUUUCCAGAGAUUACCCGGUGUAUAUCGAUAAGGUCGAGGAGCGCUCGGACUGCCGGAUCCUGGACGGCCACUUCGUCUCGCCCAUGGCCCACUAUGUGCCUGACAUCCUGCCCGCGGAGUCCGUGAUCGCCAGGUUCCAGUUCAUCGUGCCCAAGGAGUGGACCAGCCGGCACCGGCCUGUGUGCAUCCACCUGGCGGGCACGGGAGACCACCACUACUGGCGGCGGCGGACCCUGAUGGCGCGGCCCAUGAUCCGGGAGGCCGGGAUGGCGUCGCUGCUGCUCGAGAACCCCUACUAUGGCUGCAGGAAGCCCAGGGACCAGAUAAGGUCCUGCCUGAGGAACGUGUCGGACCUGUUCGUGAUGGGCGGCGCCCUGAUCCUGGAGUCGGCGGCCCUGCUGCACUGGCUGGAGAGAGAGGGCUACGGGCCGCUGGGCAUGACCGGCAUCUCCAUGGGCGGACACAUGGCGUCCCUGGCCGUGUCCAACUGGCCGAAGCCCAUGCCGCUGGUGCCGUGUCUGUCCUGGUCCACGGCGUCGGCCGUCUUCACCACGGGCGUCCUCAGCAAGGCCAUCAACUGGCGGGAGCUGGAGAAGCAGUACUACACGCAGGCCGUGUACGAGGAGGAGAUCACCCAGCUGCUGGAGUACUGCGGGGCCGACUCCUUCAGGGUGGGGAGCCUGAAGCCCGCCCCUGACGGCACAGGCAGGUCCCCGGAUCUGGAUCUGGCUCCUCGGACUCUGAGUCUGAACGCGCUGGACCCCGAGCCUGCCAAGUGCCCCGCCACGGCCACUGCCGAUGGGCUUCUGCCGCAGGAGAGCACCGGGCGCCAGCAGCUCUCUCGGACCCUCCCCGCCAGGCCCCGCCCGGAGCCCCUCCCACCCCGCCGUGCCCAGAAGGAGCCUCUGACCUUCAUGAAGGGCGUCAUGGAUGAGUGCACACACGUGGCCAACUUCUCAGUUCCCGUGGACCCCAGCCUCAUCAUAGCGGUCCAGGCCAAAGAGGACGCUUACAUCCCGCGGACGGGCGUGCGGAGCCUGCAGGAGAUCUGGCCGGGCUGCGAGGUCCGCUACCUGGAGGGUGGCCACAUCAGCGCCUACCUCUUCAAGCAGGGGCUCUUCAGAAGGGCCAUCUACGAUGCCUUUGACCGCUUCCUGCAGAAGUAUGCCAAGUGACCGCCACCCCGUGGCCCCCCCACGUACCGUGCUCAUGGCAACGUGACGCGCCGUCGCCGACCCUGAGUCCAAGGACCGUGUUCCGGAACAGUCCACCGUGGCCUCACCUCCCCGGAGCAGCGAUCAGCCAAUACUUGGAUGAAAUAAGUGUGUGUUACUGUUUGUGGGAAUCGCCUAUGUUCCCAAAAUAUCAAAAAAAAAAAUUUGAUAUUUUCUCAGUAUCAAAUCUGCCACCACUGUUUGUGAAAACUUUACAUUUUAAAUUAUGAGUGAUUUGUUAAAAUAAAUUUAUUCAUAGAAA